AUUCAAUGGAUGCCCAAGCUCAAGAAGUUAUUUCUCGAAGUCCUCGAGUUAAGGCCUCAUUUCGCUUAGGGUCAGAGAAACAUUUGGUCAAUACAGCUAAUAAAGGCACUCUCUCAGAGCAGUUGAUUUCUAUGAAAGAGGAGAGCAUGGCCAUUUUGAAGGAGUACAUAACGAAACAUAAUGUUCCUAACGAUGUCCCAGAUGAACUUCUCGAAGAGGCUUCUGAGGACGAUGAUGAUGAAACCACUGAAAAGCCUCAAGUGAAGUCAAAGAAGACCAAAUUAACAUAAUUUCUCUGCCUUUGGAUUGCCCCAAAAUUCUAAAUAACAAUGUCUUAGAAAUGAAUAUAGAACUUAAUUUUAAGGUGUUCUUGGGUUUUUUGGCAUAUGUUUCUGUCACUCCCUUGGGUUCCCUUUUUGAAUCUAAGCUCUAACUUGUUUCCUCUCCUAUCUUUGCAUGAUUUGGAGAAAGAAGACUCAAAUAACACGUAUUCAGUUCAAAUUAUA